AUGGCCCGGGUUACACCCAAUGGCCUCGCACAGGCCUUCCAGGCCUUACGGCUACACUCCGCGACAUCAAUUCGCCCCACCACCCGGUGCAUGGCCCGACAGACCCGCACCUAUGCGACAGAGGUGCAAGGGCAGCGACAACCAGCAGCCCCCGAGGCCGAGGCCGUGACUGCGGCACCCGAAAUCAACUUUACAACCUUCUCCAUGAACCCGGCGCGGAUUGUACCGGCUUCCCCGUCCUAUUUCUCCGGCAGCCCGCGGUUCAUCGACCACGUCCUGAAGCUGGAAGCCCUGCAAGCGAAGUACGCCUCACUCCCGACUGUGGCCGCAGGUGAGGCACCACGGAUGGCGUGGUUCAAGCUUGCCCAGUUCCGUGACUUCGUGGGGGAGCAGGUGCCGAUGAAGAAAUAUAAGAGCCUGGUCAAGAUCCUGCAGCAGUUGAACCGCAUCCAGCCGGAAAUGGUGCCCGACGAGGUGAAGACGGUGCUGGAGUCAUUCCUGCGGCCAGGCAACCCGUACGCCGUGCAGCAUGUGCGGCGGACGGUGGACGAGGACGGCUGUGCGCGUGCGAAGGGCAAGCGUAAGGAGUCGACGGCGGUGGUGCAGCUGGUUGAAGGCGAGGGCGAGGUUAUUGUCAAUGGCAAGUCGCUGGUUGAGGUGUUCCAGCGUGUGCAUGAUCGGGAGAGCGCUCUGUGGGCGCUGCGCUGCGCUCAGAGGCUGGACAAGUACAAUGUGUGGGUUACCGUCCGGGGCGGUGGUGUAACUGGCCAGGCGGAGGCAAUUACACUGGCGAUUGGACGCGCUCUGUUGCUUCAUGAGCCGGGUCUGAAGUCUGUUCUGCGGAAGGCUGGCGUCAUUACUGUCGAUGCCCGUCGUGUGGAGAGAAAGAAGCCGGGUCACGUCAAGGCUCGCAAAAUGCCUACCUGGGUCAAGCGUUAA